AUGGUCGUUGUUCCUUUCGUGGGAAAAGCUCCCAAGACUUACAGAUUCGCGGCCAACUUGGUCACUCGCGGCAACGGCAACAUAAACGGACCCAGUUUCUCUGACCCGGGGUGUUUGGGUCGAUCUUUGCAUCGUGACAGAAAGCAGCCAGCGUGGUUGUCCAACAGGGCUUUCGCAUCGACCGGUGCGGUCCCUAGCAAUCGGUCUGCCACUGAUUAUCAAUGCGGAAAAUGUCAGGCUUGGCUCAAGUCAUAUGAAACGCUCUGCCAAAGCUGUAAAUCCUUCGCACCACCCCAGCUGUCUGCCAGAUACCUCAAAAACCCAUGGACUGCUUUCGAAUGUUUGGAGAAUCAGAGUUUAUCUUAUGAUGUUCCUCUGAAUGAAAUUACGAAAGAAUAUCGUUCACGAAUGAUUGAAUUACAUCCGGAUAGAGUUAUUGGUGCCGGUGGUAGUAGUCAGGAAAGUGGAUUGGCAACCCAUCAUAGUAGUAUGCUCCGAUCUGGUUAUGAACUUUUGAAGAACCCUGUGAGUAGAGCAGAUUUAUUGUGUCAGUUGAAGUAUGACCGUCAGUUUCUUAAGGAGGAUUCUAACAUAGAAGAUAAUGAUUUUAUGACGGAUAUACUUAUGGCUAUCGAAUAUGUAGAUGAGCUAACUGCAGAAGAGAACCGUCAGGACUUGAUCGCAUUUAGGAAAGAAUGGACUGACCGAUUAGAGCAUCAGGCCACCUGUAUGGCCGACUGCUUCACUCUACUCACCAACAAUUUACGCGAAUCCAAGUCCAAUGAGGUUCUAAACCAAAUUCGAAACACGCUACAUAUAUCUAUCUCCAUUAAAAAGCUCUUGGGAAUGCUCGAUAACAAGGUCAUCGAACUCGGAAUCGAAUUAUAA